GUGGUUGUGCGUGUGUGUGUGUGUGCGUGUGGUUGUGCGUCUUUCUGACGCCCAUCCCUCAGAACAGGAAAUGUGUGAUGAUCAGAGACGACGCGGAAGAACGAGAGAGAGAGAGAGAGAGGGGGACGAAUCUUGUUGGGUCAUAUUCUGUUUCUGGCUGAGUUUGAGGGUUAAUUAUGAGUCAACGCCUGAUCAUAUUAUCUUGCCUCCUAGCAGUUCUGGGUGGUGUGGAGUCUGACAUCAUCACUGUAAGAGAGGGACAAGAUGCCAAAAUCACUUGUUCUCAUACACUUGCAGAUGGCAACAUCAAAUACUUCUGCAAAGACCCGUGUUAUACAAGGACAGAUACCCUUGUCAAAUCUGAUGAUCAGUCUCCUCCAAAAAGAUUCUCUCUGGUUGAUCGUGGAAAUGGAGAGUUCACCGUCACCAUCUUUAAAGUGAGAUUGACAGACUCUGGGAAAUACUACUGUGGAGUGGAACGCUCCAUACUCAACACAUUCAAAGCAAUCACUUUACAGGUGAUCACUGCAGUCCCAUCCACUACACCAGGUGUAUCUUCUCACAGACCUUCCAAAACAACAGUUAGGGAUGUGACAACCAAAUCCACACGGCCUGAACACACGUCUCUCAGACCUCCUGAGCACAGAGAGGAAGAUGGAGCAGGUUAGUCCUUCACUGUCACAGAGGCAUUCCCUGUACUGGACCAACCCUUCCCACUCAUCUGCACACCCAUUUAUCAUUUGCAUUUCAAACGUUAAGUCUAGUUUGUGGCGUGAUAGGGUGUUGGUGCAUAUAGCAGGCGUAUAGUCGCUCAUCUCAUCUCUGCAGUGACUGCUAUGGUUAUACGUAUGUAGGUUGAUAAUAUGGUGUUAUGGUCAUACGUAGGUUGAUAAUAUGGUGUUAUGGUCAUACGUAGGUUGAUAAUAUGGUGUUAUGGUCAUACGUAGGUUGAUAAUAUGGUGUUGUGGUUAUAUAUAGGUUGGUAAUAUGGUGUUGUGGUUAUAUGUAGGUUGAUAAUAUGGUGUUGUGGUUAUAUGUAGGUUGAUAAUAUGGUGUUGUGGUUAUAUGUAGGUUGAUAAUAUGGUGUUGUGGUUAUAUGUAGGUUGAUAAUAUGGUGUUGUGGUUAUAUAUA